AUGCGCCACCAUCGACGCAUUACAUCAAGCCACUGCAUGCCUCCCCUUCUUUUACAUCUGUCCCCCUUCAAUCACAUCCGUCUCCCUUCCCUCACAUCAGUCUCCCUUCCCUCACAUCCGUCUCCCUUCCCUCACAUCCGUCCCCCUUCCCUCACAUCCGUCUCCCUUCCCUCACAUCCGUCCCCUUUCCCUCACAUUUGUCUCCCUUCCCUCACAUUCGCCACCCUUCCCUCACAUUAUCCUCGCUUCCCUCCGCUCAUCCUUCCUUUCCCCCCGUGUGCGCCUUCGUUUCCCCCCAUGUGCGACUUCUGUUGA